AAUGUAAAAUAAUCAAGGUGCAGCAACUUAAGAAUAAUCUAUUAAUUAAGAGAAUAAGUAGGAAACAAGAUUAUGUAAUAUAUGCAUGACUUUCUUUGGAACAGCUGCUACAUAAUUUUAUUGUUCUAAAUGUUACUAGUAAUUAUUUGAAUGACUAUUUUCAUAUAGAUCCAUAAUAAAAGAAACAAAUUUAUAAACUAACUAAUAGUAACAGAUAGUCUAAGAAAUAAAAUAACAAGAAGAAGUAAUAAAAAUGAAAGUAAAAAUUUUUAUUUAGACUAUUUCAGGAAGACCCAUCAAAAUGUAAGGUUUGCAAAAGAAAAUUGGGAAUAUCUGGCAUAUAAUGUAAAUGUGAAGCAUAUUUUUGCAAUAAACAUCGUUUACCAGAGGAACAUUAAUGCACAUUUGAUCAUGCCGAAAAGGCUAAAUAAUUACUUAUCAAAAAUAAUCCACUUGUGAACAUCAAAAAGUUGGAAUAAUUAUGAU